AUGUGCAAAGAAAAUGAAGUUAUAAGUGAUAUGAAAUCAAAUGAAAAUAAUCUUGGAUUAAUAAUUAAUAACGACAAUAAUAAUGAAAAUCGUCUUGAAGUUCGUUCAAUAAAAUCUUUUGAAUUAAUUUGGUCGAUUCAUCUUGAUAAAGAAUGGUCUUAUAGAUGUUCACCUUUAAAUGAUAAUCAUUGGAUUUUUGUUGAUUCUUAUAAUAAUAGAUUUAUUCAAAUAUUUGAUCAUGCUCCUAUUGAUCAAAUUAUUAAUUAUCCAACAAAACCAUUUAAUGUUGUUUCUUGGAGUCUAAAUCAAUUUGUUAUAAGAACUGCUGAACAUCUUAACAUUCACAAGUGCAAAUAA